AUGCCGGCACCAAAGAACAAGCUCAAGUCGUUCGGAAAGAACCGACGCGAGAUACGUUCGGCGACGACUACGUACGACGACAAUGGCAACUGGGUAGGUACGCCACACCAAGACAAGAUGCGGCUUGUUGCGAACAAGUUGUUUGACAACUACUACAACACGUUGCAGCAGCUAGGCCGCGUGGUGGCUCGCACCGUUUAUCCGACUUCAACUGAUGCCUGCGUCUCGGCUGCUUCCUCUUCAUGCGCCGCUGCACAGGACGUGUCCGCCGAUGUUGCGGCAUCGCUGUGGAUGAGGGAGAUGGAGCUCUUUCGCACGCCGCUGCUCACGACUUGUUGGAUUAACGACACUGAUCCCCUCGCGGCUCACGUGCGAGCCUACAUGGAGUCUCUCGACUCGUCACUCUUGGAGCCGAUCUCGUGGUAUCCGAUCGCUGGCAUGGGCUGGCGCAUCCUCGCCGACAAGGCCGGGUUCCGCAAGCGUCCCGAAAUGCAGCCGCUGCGGCAGUACUUGAUCAAGCAGACCGCCCUCGGCACCAUCAGCCGACAGGAAGAGGUCUCGAUGAUUCCACCGUUCCUGCUCGACAUUCAGCCGAACGACGUCUGCCUGGACAUGUGCGCCUCUCCCGGCUCCAAGACGGCUCAGAUGCUGGUGGCACUAGGCCGCCACAAGGUCGUGCCCUUCGACUCUGACGCGUCGCCGUUCCCCUUCGAGUACGACAGCGAUGGCCUUGUGAUCGCCAACGAGCUGGACGCUAAGCGGGCCAACAUGCUGGUGCACCAGGUGAAGCGGCUUCGCCUGCUCUUUCCCUUUACCCUCUUUACAAACCACGACGCACGAUAUUUUCCCGAAAUGUCACUGCAGCCGCAGCCCGUUGACGCAGAGAAGGCGGCGGCCGGUGCUGAGGUACUUCGCUUUGACAAAAUCCUGUGCGAUGUCGUGUGCUCCGGCGACGGCACGCUGCGUAAGGCGCCGCACAUUUUCAAGCUCUGGUCCCCCAAGGAGGCCAUCAACCUGCAGAAACUACAGAUUGAGAUUGCGCUGCGGGCGUGCCACCUCCUCCGCGUAGGCGGCCGCCUUGUCUACAGCACUUGCUCGCUGAACCCGGUCGAGAACGAGGCGGUGGUGGCGCAGAUCGUUCACCGCACCCGUGGCGCCAUGCGCCUCGUGGACGCCAGAGCACUGCUGCCGAAGCUCGUGUGCGCUCCUGGCAUGACAAAGUGGACGGUCACAGACGCCAAGGGACGCGUGUUUCCAGCCCCGGAGGGCAACAUGCACGAGGCGCUGUUUCCGCCCCACACCCCAGGCGGGUACAGCUCCGCCGCCGUCGAUGCGCUGGAUUUGUCGCUGUGCAUGCGUCUCUUCCCCACCCACUGCAAGGGUGGCGGUUUCUUCGUGGCUGUACUCGACAAGGUGAGCGAGUUCCGGCUAAAGAAGCUAGAAGAGCUCAAGGCGGAGGAGAAAGACGCCUCAACAGAGAACGCGGUGGAGGCAGCCACGGAGCGGCAGACCAUCAUCGGCACUACGGUUCCUCCAAAGCGCGAAAAGAAGGAAACGCAUACCGUCAGUGCCGGCGGCGCGGAGGAGACAGCGGACGCCGGUGUCGAAGCGCUGGAAGCGGAGUUGACCACGGCACAUGAGCUGGCUAAGCCUAAGUCUCUGCCGCCGCAGUUUGUUGGCGCGCCGGCGGAGAUCCAGCGCGCCAUCAUCGACUUUUACGAGAUUCCGCAGUUUCCCAUGCAACUUCUGUUUGUUCGCACCGCUCAGGGAGAGCGCGAGCUGCGGUUGACCCCUGGCUCGGUGUGCAGCAUUGUCUCUCGCAUGGCUGCGCAGGUGCUGGAGCACAAGACGGACAACGUCCUCAUCGUCUCAGCCGGGCUGCGCGUGAUUGCGUUUGAGUGUUUGGACAAGGGAUGGCGCAUCGUGAGCGAGUCUGCGGUCCUCUUCGCAAAGCUGAUGCGCCGGUCUUCGCGCCUCGUGCGCGUCCCCGUCUCUCUCAUUCAGGACAUGGUUGUGAAUGGCGGGAGGCUAAAGGAAAAGCUGCUCGAGAGCGUCAAGGACACACAACUGCGCAGCAGACUCGAGUGCCUUCCAAUCGGCGCCUUUCUGCUGGAGAUCGAGGCGCCAAAGGCGCUCGGUGGCGUGUUCUACUCGACCGCCCUGCGCGCUCGCUCGCGCAUUCAGCUCCUCGUGGAUCACGAGGACCUGGAGGGCGUGCAGCUGCGUCUCGGCGAAGACCCGGUAAAGCCCGCGGAGAUUCCAGAAGCGGAAAAGGAAGACGACGCGUGA